UGUGUGCGUGUGUGUGUAUAUGUGUGUGGAGGCGUCUUUCGCGAAAAGGGAGCGUGGAGAUCCCGAAUCGGGCCCUACGACCCCACCUGGAAAGGCGGGGAGGCGCCCGGCGUCGUCCCUUCGACCUGCCACCGCCUGGCCUCCGGGAUCACUCUCCAGGCACGUCCCGCCCGCCUGCUCUUUAUCCAUUCCCAGUGACGCGGCUGCGGUAGCGACGGCGGCAAAGCCCGGCUUCUUCCGCCGGUUUAUCUCCAGCACCAGCGCCGCAAUCUCUGCUGCUGGCUCCCCCCCUCUACUCCAAACCCGGUCGGGGCUUCCCCGCGGUGAAAUCUCCGUUGCCGCGUGGUGGAAUCGUACUUUAAGGCGACCGACGGCUUUCAUUCCUCCCCGGGUUGGUGGGCGCAUAAACCGAAGACUGGCACCAUUUCAGAGAAGAAGGGUGUGUGUGUGUGUGUGCGUGUGCGCGCGCCUUACACACACACACACAAAUACACGCACGCACGCAGAGGAGACGAAGAGCUCAGCAAUGAAUCCAUUGGAGCACCGAUCCAUCAAAGAGCCAGAUCAACGAGUCACAGAUCGUACCUAAAUGUGAUUAAAUAUCCUUCUCUUCCAAAGCUCAGAAGGAACACGGAUUUAUCUGGCAUAGCCUUUUCACAAUUUGAUGUUCAAAGCACAGCAUUUGAGAUUUCAGCGACAGAUGGAUUUAUCGCUUUCCUUCUCCCUUUUUCUUCCCCUCUCUCCCUCCCUCCCUCCCUCCCUUUCCCUCCCUACUUUCUACUCCUCUCUUUCUUACUUUCUUUGUAACAAAUUUGAUGUGAAGUUCUGAAGCACUUUGAAGAGGACUGUGAGAGAAAGUGGAGGAAGCAGCUGCAUCCAGCCAGAAACGUUCCUGACACCAGGGCAGCCCUGCCUUGAACAUUUAAUCACAUCAUGCUGUUUUUGAAAGGAGGGUAUAGAGGAAUCAGACAAAGAAGAUUCGUUGUUGAACAUUUGGCUUUUGUUUGGCUUUGAGAAUAUACUUGCACACAAAUAUAUUUUCCCUCUUGGAGUUCAGCAUUUAUCCUGAUUGACCUCAAGAGCCAAUUCCAUUUCACUGACAUCUGUCUAUGAAACUAGGCAAAUAAGAUGAUAGUGGCGUCAAACAGAACUGGGGUGCCCAUGCCCUUCAGUUGUUGAACUUCAAGGGUAUUUGUUGCUGUUUUGAUUUUUUUUCGCUCUUAAUUUUGGCUGUGAGUUUGCUCCUUUUUGCCUACAGGGGGCGCUGUAAGCCCACCAUGCUCCGUCUGGGAUUCUGGGUGGCCACCCUGCUCUUUAUUUUUGCUCCUGGAAUAGUCCACUGUGACUGCUGGCUGAUUGAAGGAGACAAAGGCUAUGUGUGGCUUGCUAUCUGCAGUCAGAAUCAACCACCCUAUGAAACUAUUCCCCAGCAUAUCAACAGCACUGUGCAUGACCUGAGGCUGAAUGAGAACAAACUUAAGGUGGUGCUCUACUCCUCUCUGAACCGCUUUGGUAAUUUGACAGAUCUGAAUCUAACAAAAAAUGAGAUUUCCUACAUUGAGGAUGGAGCUUUCAUGGGCCAGACAAAUUUGCAGGUGCUGCAGCUGGGCUACAAUAAGCUAACUAAUCUGACUGAGGGCAUGCUGCGUGGCAUGGGCCGGCUCCAGUUUCUCUUCGUGCAGCACAAUCUGAUUGAGGUGGUUACCCCCAAUGCUUUUAUGGAAUGCCCUAGCCUCAUCAGUAUUGACCUAUCUUCCAAUCGUCUCAGCCGGCUAGAUGGAAGCACCUUCACCAGCUUGAACAACCUGAUGGUAUGUGAGCUAGCUGGGAACCCUUUCAACUGUGACUGCAACCUCUAUGGCUUCCUCAUGUGGUUGGUAGCCUUCAACAAUGUCACAAAAAACUAUGAUCGCCUGCAGUGUGAGACUCCCCGGGAGUUUGCUGGUUAUCCGCUUCUGAUGCCUCGGCCGCACCACAGCCGCAAUGCCAUCACAAUUUUCAAGUCAAUGUGUGGGGAUGGAACCUUUCCGCCCAUCUCCAGGAUCAGACCUACACAGUUCAUAACAGAUCCUCAAAGGGAUCCAGAUGACAAUGCUGAAAACUCAGGCAUUAGCCCAGGGGAUUUCCUCUCUGUUGAACCUCCAGCGUCUUCCACCACUGAUUCUUCCUCUAAUCCCAGCAUAAAGCUCCAGCACGUAUCCAUCAACUCAGCUGUUCUAGUGGUGACCAUUCCAUUCCCUUUUAGCAAGAUGUAUGUUCUGGUUCAGUACAAUAACAGCUAUAUAUCUGAUGUGAUGACUCUAAAGAAAAAGAAGGAAUCGGUAACUCUCACCCACUUGAAGGCUCACACAGAUUAUACAUUCUGUGUUGCUUCAAUCCGCAACUCCAAACGUUAUAACCACACUUGCCUCUCAUUUGCCACAAGGAGUAAAGGGAGGGAAGAGCCAAUACCCAGUACAUCCACCACUACCCACUAUAUCAUGACCAUAUUAGGUUGCCUUUUUGGGAUGGUUAUUAUUCUUGGCAUUGUCUAUUAUUGCUUGAGGAAGCGUAGGAUGCAAGAGGAAAAACAAAAAUCUCUCAAUGUCAAGAAAACUAUUUUGGAGAUGCGCUAUGGUUCAGAUAUUGAUACCAGUUCAAUUGUACAUCCAUCACAGAAAUUGGGAGAACCACCAGUCAUUCCUGUCUCACGGAUGUCCUCUCUUCCAUCCAUGAUUGGAGAGAAGUUGCCUUCAUCCAAAUCUAUGGAAACUGGCAUGGAAACUCCCAAGGUCACCACAAAAGGCAAUUACAUUGAGGUUAGGACCGGUGGUGGGGAUGGGCUGGACAGGUCACAGCGGGAUGAUGAUCUGCAUGAACUGGAUAAUGGCCAAGGUUCAGCAGCUGAAAUCUCAACAAUUGCCAAGGAAGUAGACAAAGUGAAUCAGAUAAUCAACAAUUGCAUUGACGCCUUGAAGCUGGACUCGGCUUCCUUCUUGGGAGGAGGGGGUGGUGUUGAUUCUGACAUGGCGUUUGAAUGCCAGUCCAUACCAGCCAGUUCUUCCGCUGGGCUGGAGCGACCAAGUUUUCUCUCUCCACCCUAUAAAGAGAGUUCCCACCAUCCCCUGCAGCGCCAGCUUAGUGCAGAUGCUGCUGUGACAAGGAAAACUUGCAGUGUCUCAUCCAGUGGCUCCAUCAAAAGUGCUAAGGUUUUCAGUCUCGAUGUACCUGAUCAUCCUCCAUUGAGCAAAGCAGAUUCCAAGUACAUCGAGAAAGGAAGUCCACUCAACAGUCCUUUGGAUCGUCUUCCCCUCGUGUCCCCAGGUGCCAUCCACCACUUAGAAGUGAAACCUUACCACUGCAGUGAACACCGGCAUUCCUUUCCAGCCCUCUACUAUGAAGAGAGUGGUGACACUUUAAGCCAACGGGUGUCCUUUCUUAAGCCACUCUCCCGUUCCAAGCGGGACUCUACAUAUUCUCAGCUCUCACCCAGACACUACUUCUCUGGCUAUUCCUCCAGCCCAGAGUACUCUUCCGAGAGCACCCAUAAGAUCUGGGAGCGUUUCCGACCUUACAAGAAGCACCACCGGGAGGAGGUCUAUAUGGCAGCUGGUCACGCCCUGAGAAAGAAAGUCCAGUUUGCCAAGGAUGAAGAUCUGCAUGAUAUCUUGGAUUAUUGGAAAGGUGUAUCUGCUCAACAAAAGUUGUGACUCCCUCGUUAAAAGGAAGAUAAACCGACCGUUCAAACAAAGUAACACCCUCCCCCACCUGACUGUGGAAAAAAAAAUCUGACAAAAGAAACUGAAACCAUUUCUUAAAGUUUACAAAAAAAAAAAAACCCAACAGGAAAAAAAAACCCAAGUGAAAUGAAGUGUCUCUGUUCUGUUACAGAGACCACUGUUACUCCUUCAGAUGGUGGGGAGGAGACUUUUCCUUUUAGUCUGUGGUGAAGAGAAGGGGAGGACUGUUAGAGGAGCUACUGGACUUGCAGGUAGCAGAGGCAGGAGGGGAGGGAUGCUUACCAGGCCUAGAUUAAGACACUAACCAUCACUUUUUGGUUACUUUUAUUUUGUUCUCAAAAAAAGGAAGUGGUUUUACUCAUUCCCUGAUAAAAGUGAAGGGGAGAGUGAUCACUCUGCUUCUAUCUCCUUCCCUUUCUUUCCUGUGCUUGCCAGGAUUCUUUCAAACGAUGCUCUAUUGCAUGGGAGAUAGUUUUCUGUGAGAGGUUCACAUAAAGCUGGAGUAGCAUUUCAGUCACCUAAUUUUGUGUAGCAAAUGUGCAUCCAGCCCUCUCCUGUGAGUAGGCAUUCUUGACCUCUGGGAAAGGUCUACAUGCUCUCAACAUGGAUAGGCUACUGAAAUAUUACCUCAGCUGCAUUAGCACUGAUCGUGGAAUAGGUUGAAUCCAGACUUAGUCAUGAUGGGCAGACCAAGUGCAUAUAUUUGAGGCAUGACUAUAUCGGGAUUCAAGUCACUGAUGCUUGUGCACUUAUGGCAACAAUUUAAAAGUUCCCAAAGUCAAGUCAAAGAUGUACCACACAUUAAGGUUUCACUCAGGAUCUUCUGUGCUCUCUAUUCUGUCAAUCUUUGUUGAGAUUUGUGCAUGCAAAAGCAAGAACAACAUUUACAGCUUUCUUCACCUAUCCUCACAUGCUCAGGAUUGUCCAUUACUGUAGGCUGAUGCAGGAUAUAAUUUUUCCUUCAUUGGGGAAAGAAUUAUGAGAUGAAGCAGAUAUAUUACAGAGUCUCUGUGUUUUCUAUGCCCUUCGUUGUUUGUCAGGAAGGGAGAGAACAUUAGUUCUCAAGGAGUAUCUCCACAUUUCAGUAGAAUUUCAGUUGUCUUCCAAGAAAAGUGAAUUAUAUAGUCUGACCCUGGCCAAGAGGGGAUGCCAAAAUAAGAGCUUGAGAGGAGAGCAGUAGUUGCAAUCCCUCUUAAGAUCUCAAGGAGUUCUAACUCCAAACAAACCUCAGCAUAUGGACUUGGGGAACAGCACACAACUCCUUCCCAGGAUAUACUGUGCUCCCUUACAGGGCUGAGUCUAUCUUGGCUCUUUGAAAAUAACUGGCUGUGAUCCAUGACAUUCCAUGAGAAAAACAUUACACCUCAAUGCUAGAAUUGGACUGAUGUGAGUAACAAGAUUGAAAAUAAUAGAAUGCUGCAGAGGCUGGGAGGAUACAGCUGGGGAUGGUCUUGCAACAGAAAAAUGAAGGAUUGCCCUGGGAAAAAGAAUAAGAGUGGAAUUCUUCAAGAAAACAUUAAGUGGUUAAGCUAGACAAGGUAAUGCAACAAAGCAUUCAGUUAGCAUAUGGAUGGGAUAAAGGCAUAGAUAGAUACCAGUUGAUGCAUUGGUUGGCAGUCCAGAUUCGCCCAUUUUCCUACCAUCUUGCUGACAUCAUUUUUUCUCUAUGACUUGGGGUUUUUGUUUUUUGUUUUUUGCAGCUGCUGUAUUCAAGUUCUGACCACUAUAUUUCUUUAUAUUCUUGGGAGAACAUACAGCAAAAAAUGGUUCCAAGCCAGUGGUGAAGGGAUGAGUUGAGUUAUUCAGCUGUUCUCAUGAGAAUAUCAGUCACCAUAGUUAAGAUUGAUUAGUUAAGGAGUUGGCACAGAUAAGGAAAUGUGGAUGUGGAUGUAUACAUACAUUCAGACACAUUCAUGUUCAUAUAUAGAGAGGACCAUUCUGUGGUGCUCUGCUUUAUUAUAAAGAUUGAAAUUAUUAAGUAUUUUACUAGGAAUAGAUCAGAGUAAAAUCUGAUUUAGAUAAGGUGCACUUGGUUCCCAAUGAAUUAAUGGGGACUUAAAAUCAUGGCUAACUUAUCCCAUUGAUUUUUAUGGUAUCAAAAUGAUCUUUUCUUGUAUGAAGAGAAAAGAGCUCCAUGUUUCUAAAUGUUUCUACAGCCUUUUAUCUCUGAUUUGAUAAACUUUACCAUGACAACGGAUAUGGCAUAUCCUUUUUCCACUGCUCACACCUCUGCCUUGCAACAAGAAUUCAUAGGUGCAACAAAAAUGCAUCACUCGUACAUUAUCUUUCUCCCCUGGUGCUGGCCUAUCUCAGAACACACCAACAAAGCACAAGCUGCUACAGCCACGGAAUACAUUAGCUAUUUGUUUUCAAUGAUUAACCCCACUGGGCAAGGACUUUCACAGGAGAAAACUCUUCUCAAAGUAUUUAUGUUGGUAGUAUUGCCCUCUGAGAAGAGCCAGGGAAAUUCUAGAUUCAAGAUUCCAAAGUGAUCCACUUCCUUUUCAUUGCAAGAAAUAUGCUUCCCUACAUUGCACACUCAAACUGAGGAUAGAUGGGUGCCUUGCAGCCAGAACUAGCCUGUCUUUAUCUUGCAAGAUUUCCUCUCCCCAAUUGUUUCCUGCAGAAAGGUAGUAGAAUAAUAAGUGAUGCUGGGUAACAUGGUGAAGUAAGCCAAGAAGCUAACAGUGUAGUGAAAGGGGAUUCACAUCCUUUCUUGGGAAAGUUCCUUCCUGAAAAAAAUCAAGAAGUUGAACAGCCAUUAUAUCUGGGUGGUCGGAGCAGAUACCUUUUCUUCAUCCUAGCCUCACUUCUGGUAGACACUGUGCUUCAGCAACCAUAGGAGAGUACCCUUCUCUUUACCCAAACAGUGAAGACAGAAAACUUAGUUCAAAAACAGAAAUGCCAGCCUUUUGUUGGUUUAUAUUAAAUCUCAGGGAUUCAUUUAUAAUGAAACCAAGUGAGGACUGUGAUCCCAGAAAGGAAUUCUUGUGAUAUUUUGUGAGGAAUCCAAUGAAAGACACACAUUUUCUGAUGUGAAAAUAGAUAAUAGUGAUGGGUUCCAAAAACAAAUCCUAGAGGAGUUGAGGCUUAUAUUGGAUCCAGCUGUCCUUUCUGUUAGUAAGAUGAACCCUAAAAGUAAAUCCUUUGUAGUACUCUAUGAUAACAGUCUGGAAUAUAUAUUUCUGAGGUCUAUCUGGGAUCCCACACAUGAAAACUUUGAGGGGAAAUACUAAAACAUGGGCUGUGAGAGAAACUUCUUGAAUCCUAAAUAAAAAGAGUAUGUUAAGAUUCGUUGAAAAUUCAGGAGGCAUGCAUUUGGAAGGAUACUAACAUCCAUCCUGGUCUCAGUGAAUUUAUUAAGAAAUUGAUGACAUUUUUCCAGCUGUUUUGCAUGCCAGCAUGUUCCUGUAUUGUGUGCUGUUUGGUCACACAUUGAUCACAGACUAGGGGAUUCUUUUCAGUAUGUUGGAUGGGUUGGCUAUAGGCAAGCACACUAGGGCUGUAGGACAUCACAUGGUCCCAUCCUAAAGUAAGUGGGAUAUCUUCCCUGCAGCUGCAUAUUUCUUCCACGCUUGCCUGAUCCUAGAUAGACAUAAGAGCAGGACCAAGCACAGUUUACGAUCCCAAAAAACAUUGGAGGGAAUAGGAGAUGGAGAACUGGAAGUAGGGUUGUCCAGAAGGACAUUUUCAGAAUAUUUCAGCUGUGGCAAAGGAUGUGUAAUGGACUUUCUGGAUUGCUGAGGAACACUGACUCAUGUAGAGUUAUAAGAUGAGUCCUGGGUCAUCCCAGUGCCAUAGGAUUGUCCAAAUCUAUCUUAGAAUGCAGGUUGCUAUUCAUAUUUGAGUGAGAUGGGAAAAUAUUCCUGGGGUUCUCCCCCACCCCCCUUAUGAAUGACAGCUUUUACAGUAGAAAUGGAACAACCAAAAAUUCUUUCAUUUCCUCUAUUAAAAGGCAUAUAAAUGCCAUCCCAGAUAGAUUUUUGCAAUCCUUAGGCAGUGAGAUAAUUUGCCUUUUGACUCGGAAUCAGGGUAAAGAGUGGUGAUGGUGGAUUAAUGGUGCAGACAAACCCUCUUUUCCACUUAUACUGCUUCAGUCCAGCCUCUGUCUGUCAUCCUAUAAUCCCUACUGUGGCAUAACAAUAUUUGUAAGAGAUCGGGAUUUCUUUUUUUACUGAUUUCAGCUUUGCUGAUACCCCUCUGAAAAGGAAUAGAAUUUGAGAUUCAGGAAAAAAAAAUUGUAUUGGGACCAUAGCCCAGCAUCUUCCAGAAGAUGGACGUUUAUAGGGCACAAGCGAUCCAUACCCUUUUUAUGCCCUACAAUGAAAGCCUUAGUCUGUGGGUAAAGUUUGCACAAGUUGGGGUUGUUUCAGCAGGGGAUAGGAGGAGAAAGGGGAGGUAACAGGGAAAUAAUACUUUCCCUUUUGCUUUUGUAUCCACCCCUUUCCUGCCACUAUUUUCAGACUUGGAGUAAUUACAAAGUAUACCCACAGUUGGAGAAGAGGAGAUUUAAGCAUUAUAUCUGCAUGAUGAUUUUAUUGUAUUUUUCUGAGCAAAAACAUCUUUUGUGUAUGUGCUGGUUUGUCAAGACUAAACCUAAUCAUGCUCCUUUGCUCUUUCCUUUUACCUCACCCCUAACUUCCCCAUAUUUCCCUGACCACCAUUGUGAUUUGAAAACUUUGGGAGGGAGUGGACUCCAAAGAGAACCCAAACCUGGUGCCAUUACAAAAAAAAACACAAAAAACAGCACCUCCCAGUGUAACUCACCUGCAGGUGCGCUGCCUUUGCAAAACUCUCUGAGUUGGUUUCAGCUUGGUUAAUUUUCAGAGGCAUGGCCCCAAUCCAUUAAUUCAUGCUCAUCCUGUAACAUCCUGUAACAAUUAACUCUCAUAAGCCUUUAGAAAUGCUUGUAUAGCAAGGGCUUUUGGGUGAAGAAAACUCCUGGGUUUUGGCCAAACAUUAGUUCACUAGUUGGCUCUUCUGAAUCAGAGGCAGAUUUGCUGUCCAGGAAUAGAUUAAAAACUCAAAUUUUAAGGGUGUCUUGGAAAUGAAAAGGCUUCUUUAAGGGCACCUUGGGAAUUUGAAGCAAUUUGUUUACAUGGAAAGUCUCCCCUUGGACAAAGUAGAUUUCACCUCCUGUUCUUUUUGCAUAUGAUUAAAUAACAAUGCUAUAAGUGUACAUGACCUUCUUGAUAGGCCCUUUAUAGUGGAGAUAUGCACUAAAUAAACACACACACCCAUUUAGUUUCUCACUAGUAUAGUUCUUCCUUACAAAGUCCCAAAACAUCUCUGAGGAGAGAAUUUCUCCUAGAGGAAACUGGAGAAGAAACUUGAUAUUUCUUCUGGAGAGCUUCCAACUUGCUUUCAUUGUCCAUAAUGUAACUGUUAUGGAGCAAUAGACAUUUUGUUUAUCCUGUUGAAAAAAAGAGGGAAAGCCAGAGUUGGAUUCUGCUCCCUUUGCUAGGACCUCUUACGUCAUUGGAACGGAAGCGUCAAAGACGGGAUUUUGUUUCACAGAACAGAUUCUGGAUGCAGUCUGUCUUCCUGUGAUCGAUUUGGAGAAGAAUAAGGAAACAACAAAGAAGUGGUCUUUCCAUACUGAAUCUUGGCUUGCAAAAAGGACACUACUGAAGUUUUGAUCCAAUUGGAAGACACUAGAUCCUAACUCUUGUGAAUACUGCAGUGCUCUCCCAGCUUCAUUUGCCAGAUAAUUCUUCUUGAGAAACGGGUGUGAAAUAUUCAUUAAUAACAAUUGAAAAUUUAUGUAAAGGAAUGUUGGCUGAGGCAGCACUGAUGUGCUUGCAAAAUCUUUACUGGGAUUUUUCAAAGACAGCAGCAUGGAGCAGAUAGGCGGUCAUGGGAAAGGGGGCCUCCACAAAAAAAGAGAGAUCAUGGUGGGAGAGAAGGAGAUUGGUGGAGGAAUGAUCACAACAGGAAUAGAAAAGAAGCGAAGGCUAAGAAACAUAGAAAGGUGUUUGGAAACAAGACAUAAGACUUAAGUCUAGAUAAAGAGAAAUAUGUCUUUAACCCAUAAGAGGAGCAAGACUAGCGGUGAAGCUGCUUCGCAUUCUUCACUGUUCAAAUCUGGGCUAACCCCACUGCUUUCUAGAACUAGAAUAAAACUUUCAUUUAUCAUGAUGUGGGCAUCACCUAUUUAGCCACAUAAUUUUGGGUCCCUGUCAUGAACCCAUAAUUUAUCAAGACUGGGUUCAGAUACAAAAAGUGGUACAAUGAUACAAAACAAAAUUCAUGUAUGUUUUUCUAAAGUUAAGGCAGGGUUACCAUCCAACAUACAAGUUGACUGGUGGACUGGAAUUCUUUUAUUAUGACAAUGUCUGUGGACUCCUUGGUGCUUUUUGUACUUGGUAUUUGCUUGGAAGCAUUUCAUAACUCAACCAUGUAACAUUAUCAGUGUGAGAAGAAGGUGGAGUUUGUUCCUUUGUAUCUACAGUAGCUUGCCUUUCCAGUGCUGGUGGCAAUGUGAUUUUCACCUUGGUAGUUCUUAGAACCUAGUGAUGAUGUUACCUAGUUGAGUGAUGAAACAUCUGCAAGAAAAAGAGCCAGGUUUAGAGAACACCGAGAGCUGUACAUUUGAGGAUUUUCAAGUGUCCCUAAAAGGAAAAAUAUCAGUUAUUCACCACUACUGCAAAGAAAAAUAUCAGUUAUCUCAUCUCCUAGUUAUGUAGCUGUUCAACCCUGAGCUACAUAUAUUCCUUUCUAUUGAAAAUGUCUUUGAAUCUGCUGUAGUCACUUCUCUGUUUCCCUCUAUUUCACUUUUUUUUUUUUACUCUACUUUCUCUGCCACUGGGCAAAAUAACAAACACAGCAGAAUUUAAACAAUUUUGCCUGAAUUUGUGAGCACAAAGUAGUACACACUGUUAUACCAAUAGAGAAAGAGUAAAUAAACUUCAGUCCCUAGGAAGCCAGAAUAAAUCCCUGUCUAUUUCUGACUGGAAAAUAUAGAAAAACAUUUUAGGAAGAUAAAGCAGAAAUAGUGGUGAUUAGAUUUUGAUCCUGAAGAGUUAUAAUAAAAUUAAGUAAAUAAAAAAUUAGUGUCCCAAGAGCAGUAGUUACAAAGAACCUCAAUGAUGCGGCUUAACUGACUAGUUCAAACUCUUUCAUGAUUCCCUUAGAUCAGGGGUGUCAAACUCACAUUGUCACAAGAUCGUCACAUGAUGUAUCAUGACUUUUCCCCCCUUCGCUAAACCGGGCAUGGAUGUGGCCGGCACAUGAAGCAUCUGGCCCACAGGCCACAAAUUUGACAACCCUGCCUUAGAUACUCAGAAAUUCUUACAUCCUGUAUAUAUUAAAAAAUCUGUACCUUUUGCAUCAUUUCCCCAAGCUAAUUUUAGGAAUUCAAAUAAAUGCCCACCAGCCCAUGUGGUCCUCAAAGGCUGUCCCUAAAUCACCUGCCCACUCUCUGAAUUUCAUCUUUACCACUGCUUACUUUCAAGUGUGGUGGUUAACAAGAGAAAAGAGACUUUGCAUCCCAAUACUUUAUUAAUCCACAUAUCAAGUCAAUAAAGGGAACAGUAACCCCCCCCCCCCAUUACAAAGUGCUGUUGCUGUUGGUACUAUUGAAAGGUGAGCUAAGCAAAUGCAGGGACAUGUGGAAUGAUGGGGAAUUAUGAGGUGAGCAUUUGGUGACUACAGAGAUUAGUGAAAUAGGCAUAAGAAACCAGGGAAACUGGCUUGUUUUAGCCUGACACAGACAAAAAGUUCAGUGGUAGUGCUUUUCACCUCUUCUUUGAUACGUCCUAAUGAUUAAUUUCUGAGAUCAAAUUGAGCAUAAUAAUAAAUAAAGAUAAGCCAAGAUGAAAGAAUAGAAGAACGAAUGGUUUAUGGUGGGAUAAGAAUAAAAAUAUUGAGGGGGGGGAAGAGAAAAAUUAUCCGAAAAAAUAAUCAGAUUAGAUUUCAAGUUAGCAGUGAAAAGAAAUAGGUUGAUGAGAGCUCUACAAGAAGAUUAGCACAGGUAGUACACUAAACUGCUGAAAGAGAAGUCUGGAUGAAGAAGCAGAUAAGAGUAGGAGUGAGAGCAAGUUGGAGGGUUCACUGGCCAAUUGUGGGCACUCCUCUUAAAUAUAUGUUAGAUCAGGGGU